AUGGGGGAGUGGACAAUCCUGGAGCGGCUCCUGGAGGCGGCGGUGCAGCAGCACUCCACCAUGAUUGGCAGGAUCCUGCUGACGGUGGUGGUCAUCUUCCGCAUCCUGAUCGUGGCCAUCGUGGGGGAGACGGUGUACGAAGACGAGCAGGCCAUGUUCCUGUGCAACACGCUGCAGCCCGGCUGCGCCCAGGCCUGCUACGACCGCGCUUUCCCCAUCUCGCACAUCCGCUACUGGGUCUUCCAGAUCAUCCUGGUGUGCACGCCCAGCCUCUGCUUCAUCACCUACUCCAUCCACCAGGCCGCCAAGCAGCGGGAGGAGCGGCCCGCGGCCGACCCGCCGCCCCCGCCGCCGCCCCGGCCUCCGGUCAACGGCAUCCCGGCCCACGGCGUCCGGGACGAGGCGGCCCGCCCCGCGGCCAAGGAGCCGGUGGCGGGCGGGCCGGGGUCCCGCUCCCGCUUCUACGUGGUGCAGGUCGUCUUCCGCAACGUGCUGGAGCUGGGCUUCCUGGCCGGCCAGUACCUGCUGUACGGCUUCCGCGUGCCGGCCGUGGUGGCCUGCGGCCGCUACCCGUGCCUGCGCGAGGUGGAGUGCUACGUGUCGCGCCCCACGGAGAAGAGCGUCUUCCUGGUGUUCAUGUUCGCCGUCAGCGGCGUCUGCGUCCUGCUCAACCUGGCCGAGCUCAACCACCUGGGCUGGCGGAAGGUGCGGGGGGCCGUCAGGGGGGCCCGCGGGGGCCGCAGAGAUCGGGUGCCCCUGCACCCCGCCCUGGGCCGCACCCAGUCCAGCGAGUCGGCCUACGUGUGAG